AUGUCGGGCAACGAUAAAGGUUACAAUGUCACCAGCUCUGGCACGAACAGCCAAGGCAAUCAUUAUUGCUCCCGGGACUAUGGUUCAAGUGCCACAAACUCGAACGCUUACCACUAUUCCAAUACGUUCGUUAUGCCCCAGAAAGCUGCCUUUUCUCUUAUUACGACCUCCGAAGAUCCAAGCACUGACCUUCUCUCUUGUCCUCUUAGAAAUGGAAGCUACUACUACAGUAACCCCAAUGGUUCUACCUACUACAACAAUGGAAGCGGUGGUAGCUCCUCUACUGCUCCCAGUGGCGGCAAUAGCGGGAAGAAAUGA